GAAAUAGGUGUUUUGUUCUCUAACUCCACAUUGUCAGUGCCUCAUCACCAGGCCAUUUGUCACCAAAUCAUUCUCUUGAUCUCAAAUAUCCAGGUCGCUGUCAUCAGCAUCCACAUCGUCGUUACUGACGGCGACCACGACGAUGACGACGACCUCGAUAUCUUUUGGUUCCGUGGCUGACGUACUUCUUUCGACGAUUUCAACAUCCUUCGAAAACCAUAUGCCAUCCACGAGUAUGUUAGAACCGGUUUCGACUGCGUUCCCCAAUUCUACUCUGAACCAGACUGCACCGGAUUCUACCGGUUCUAACGGGAAUCCAACAGCGACACAGGUCGUACUGAUGGCUGCUUUCAUUAUUUGCAUGAUCUGGGGAAACAUAGGAAACAUGUUAGUCAUGGGCGCAAUCUUGAUCGACAAGAAGUUACGUAAUACCGUGGCUAACAUCUUCAUCUUCAAUCUCGCAAUAGCGGAUUUCUGUGUGACGUCAUUUGUUGAUCUAUCCUAUGUUCUCGGAAACAUCUACCCGCAGUUGUUUAAAAGCAAGUCGAUUCUUUGCAACAUGGCAGCCUCUGUAUGCAUCAUCAGCUGCACAUGCUCUAUGUGGAGCAUCUGUUCCAUUAGCAUCAACAGAUACAUAUGCAUCACUAAGUCCAAAUAUUACGGAACCAUCUACACUCGACGGAACACCCUCCUCAUGACGGCUAGUCUUUGGAUCCUAUGCGCUUUCAUCGAUUUACCCAACUAUAUCGGGCUCGGCGCACACAUUUUUGAUGUCAAGAAAAUGGGAUGCUCAUUCGACCGACUGGGGCACUACGGCUACACGUUUUACUUCAUCGGGAUGGGCGUGGUGAUUCCUCUCUGUCUUGUUCUUUUCUGUUACAUCCGGGUAUUCAUAUUCGUCAGAGAGAGCGAAAGAAGGAUUCAUAGCUGGCAAACACAGGGCGACCAGGCUGCUCGAAGCCAGAUGCCCCGGGUGUCGAAGGCCGACCGUCGUCUCAUGAUCACCGUCUUCAUCAUCUUCAUCGUUUUCUUGACCUGCUGGACGCCGUACGUCAUCAUCGUCCUCACCGACGUCAACAACGUGUAUCCGAAAGAGCUCUACGUCGGGGCCGUCAUCAUGGCUCACCUGAACUCUAGUCUUAACAGCAUUCUCUACGGGAUUACAAACCGAAGGUUCCGAGAAGGAUACAAACGCUUACUCCUCAUCCGUCGCUGCGGCUGUGGCAUCUCUGUAAACAAUACCAACAACUCCACAACGGAGUCGGCGGAUCCUGACGUCGGCAAAUCAAGGGCAUGCGAAGAGAGUCAGAUUACCUAGCUUCAUUUCGCCAUGACACCGACGAACAAGGAAACCAUGGGCGUCAAUCCUUACGUAAUACCUAUUGUUCAGGGGGUGAAUGAAUAGAUCACCCCCCCCCCCUGAACAAUAGGUAUCAAUGACAGAUUUACGCCCAUGAAUGAAACCCAGGGUCUAAUCUGUCUUUGAGCAAGACAUUAUUAUCUAUAUUUCUCUGAAUGUGGAAUGUAAUGUGCAGAAUAGUUUUUAAAUUGAGGGACAGGGAUAAUAACAAUCGGUAUCACUGUAAGUGCAAUGCGGGUCAGCUAAUGUAUACUGGGUGGA